AUGAAUGCCAAUCCGCCCCCACUUGGUGACAGCGGCGCUUGUGUGAGUCCCGACGAUAUCUAUGAGGGUCAUCAAUGUCUAAUCCUGACCGUCCAGUGUGCCGCGUUGGCGUCAGCCCUAGGAGAUAGUAAAGUCUCGUUUCCAUCGUCAGACCCGUAUACCGCGUCGCUAUCGUCGUACUUCGCCCUGCAGGAAUCCGAACUGCAUCCCAAGUGCAUCGUCUUCCCGGAAUCAACCGGAGAUGUGGCCGAUGCGGUCAAAACUUUAACCUCGGGUGGGAAGCCGUCCGAUAGCGCUGAGAAACAAGCGUGCGCGUUCGCCAUCCGUUCCGGGGGCCACGCGACGACUCCAGGCACCGCCAAUGUUGCGGACGGCGUGACACUCGACCUGAGCAAACUCAACCAGGUAAAGGUGCACGAGUCGAACCAGACCGUCUCGGUGGGUGUGGGCAACACCUGGGGCGACGUGUAUGGCAUUCUCGACCCGAUGGGGCUGUCCGUGGCAGGAGGACGGGCGGCACAGGUCGGCGUUGGGGGUCUGACAACCGGCGGGGGAGUGUCGUACUUCUCCCCGCGAUACGGCUGGACCUGCGACACGGUGGUCGACUUCGAAGUAGUGCUCGCGGACGGGUCGAUCGUGCACGCCAACAAAGACGACAACCCCGAUUUGCUGUAUGCGCUGCGCGGCGGGUCGAACAACUUCGGCGUAGUCACGCAGGUUGAACUCGAGGCGUUUGAACAGGGUCUAGUCUGGGGUGGGGUGGUCCACCACGGUGUGGACACUAUCGAGACGCAGUUGAAGGAGGCCUACGAGCUGAUGAACUCGGCUGAAGGUUACGACGAGUACGCGUCGCUGAUUAUGAGCUUCACCCUCGCCGCUGGAGCGGGAGCGACAGUGUCCAACAGCAUUGUGUACACGAAGGAAGAGGAGAACCCGGCAGUCUUCAAGCCGCUCAUGGACAUUCCGUUCAAGAAGAGCACUAUGAAGCUCAAAACCAUGAGCGAGAUGUCCAAGGAGCAGGGCGCCUUUUCGGUGGAUGGGAAGCGGGAGCUCAUGGUGGAAACAACGUACCGUUCAACCCCUCCCAUCCUAGACGCGACGUUUCUCCACUGGAACGAGUCGCUCGAGGCCGUCCAAGACGUCGCUGGGCUAGUCUGGUCGUUCUCGCUGGAGCCCCUCCCCCCAGCCAUCUACGCCAAGCACGCUGCGGAGAAUGCGCUGGGAAUCCCGGGGACGUCAGGGUCGCUGGUGAUUGGGUUGCUCAGUGCGACAUGGACAGACGAGGCGGACGACGCUCGUGUGGAAAAGGCCUCUCGCGAGCUCUUCCGCGCUAUCGAGGACGACGCAAACCGCAUGGGUGUCUACUCUCCGUUCGUCUAUCUUAAUUACGCGGCGCCAUGGCAGGACCCUAUUUCAAGCUAUGGGGGCAAGAGCGUGGGGAAGCUGCACAAGGUGUCGAAGGAAGUAGAUCCCAAGGGUAUCUUCCAGUCUCAGGUGGCAGGGUUCAAGCUUCGCAGGCCGAACCCAUGA